UGUCGCUCCUGACUGACGUCACAUAUGCGCAAAUGACAUCGUGUGUUUGGCAGAGAAAUACUCGUGCGUUGUACUGUUUUCCUCCAUUGUUGCAGUGAUUUCAAUUGUUUACGGAACUUUUGAGCGGUCAGUAAAACCCCCCAGUUAGCUGUGGCCCGGCCGGCCACCUCAGCGAGCUGCCAUCAGUCACUGGGUCUCAGAUGGCGGAUGUUAGCGGGGAAACUUCAGCUUCUCCCAGGCAGAGGAGUGAAUGCAGGAGCGAGACUGGAGAUGCUGUCCCGGGAAACCAGACCCUGUCCAAGAGGCAGAAAAAAAAGCUCCUGAAGCAGCAGAAAUGGGAGGAAGAGAGAGAGCUGCGAAAACAGAGAAGAAAGGAGAGGAAGCAGCAGCGCAAACUGCAGCGACAGAACACCCAGCAGGAGAACAGAGGAGAGGGUCCGAGUGGCCGGAAACGGCCAUGCACAGAGGCCACGCCCAGCUCUCUCAGGCUGCUGGUGGACUGCAGCUUUGACGACCUCAUGCUCAUCAAGGACGUUCGUAAGCUCCACAAACAGAUCCAGCGCUGCUACGCUGAGAACAGACGGGCUUCACACCCUGUUCAGUUUUAUCUAACGAGUCUGGGAGGACAGCUGAAGCAGAGCAUGGAUGAGAAGGACAAAGGAUGGGUGAACUGGAAGGAUAUCACCAUUAAAGCAGAACACUACAGUGAAGUGGUGGUUAAGGACGAGCUGGUGUACCUGACCUCGGACUCCCCCAAUGUAGUGGAGGAGCUGGACCAGAAGAAGGCCUAUGUGAUUGGAGGCCUGGUGGACCACAACCACCAUAAGGGCAUUAGUUAUGAGCGGGCGAAGGAGCUAGGGAUCGGCCAUGCACAGCUUCCUCUGAGCAGUUUUGUUAAAAUGAACAGUCGGAAGGUUCUGGCGGUCAAUCAUGUUUUUGAGAUUAUCCUGGCUUAUCUGGAGAAGGGCAACUGGCAGGAGGCUUUCUUCACCGUUCUACCUCAGAGAAAGGGAGCCGUAGCCGUCAGCCAGGAUGGAACAAAUCGCCAGGAGAUCCAGGAUGAUGAUGAAGGUCCCGGUACUGACUCGGACCUGGACGCAGCAGAGCAAACAGCUAUUAGAGACCAAAACUAACUAAUGGACACAUCCUAGCUUAGUACCAACAUCUGAGGAACUGAAAAUGUAAAAAAAAAAAUCAUUUUCAGGCACUUUGUUUUACUGUGUAUUUAUUAAUGUUUUUUAUGUUUUACUUUGCUUUAGGUAUUUGUAGAAAUUAUGUUUCUCAGCAGUUUUCUGGCAUAUUAUUUUCUUUCUGUUAGACUUCUGUUGUUAGGACCUACAAGCAGAAAUGUCAGACCUGUGCCAAAUUGAAUAAUUAAAAAAAAAGAAAACAUUUGUUAAAGCAUAAAACCAAAACACAACUCUUUGUUGGCAUUUUGUUCAUCCAUUUUGGUAAAAAUGAGCUUCAGACCCUACUGAAGUUUAUGUUCUGGCUCCUAUGAGGUUCAUUGAACACUAGAGUUUCUUCUCAGACUUGAGGCAUAUUUAAGCAUUGAAAACUCAUGAAACUCAAAAUAUCGACUUGGUUCCAGCUUCAAACAACCAGAACUACUGCUUCUCAGCAUUUCUAUGCUGUUACAAAGCUAAUAAAGCUGAAAAUUGAGCGUAGUGCUGAAAAUUCACAUAUUGUCGGGUUCUGGGGGUCUUGGUCGUUUUUUCCUUUUUGUUUUUCUUUUUCCCUCUUCCUGGUGUCAGUCUGUAGCAUCACUGGCCCACUAGAUGGAGCCAGAGGCUGUCUACCUGGGAGGCGCGCCCAUGGGUUUUAAGAAACCUGGCGGUCAUCAUCUCAUCAUCCUCUGGAGGUUAAAGAAGCUGACUGCCAGCACUUCGACGCCGGAGUGUUUUACCUACUUGGAAUUGUUUACUCCUUGAGACGAUUUGGAUUCUCCAGAGUGACUUCCAUCCUGGCUUUUUGGUUAAAGCCCUCCUCGUGACGCCGUGGACGGUACCCACUGGUUGCCCGAGUCCCGUUUUCACCUCUCCCGUCAGAUCUCAAGAUUCUCAGUUGUCAUCGGCUGGCAGUCGGACCUCACCUCCACCUCCGUCAAGUCAUCACUUACCUGCCCGCCCUCCACCGCAGCCUCCUUGCCGAGGAUCCCGCUCGUUUAUGGAAGCCAGAUCCGUUAACUUCAGCCUCGAACCCACAGACUACCUCCCUGAUUGUGAUCAUUCUUUCCCAAACUCCACCCCAGGAUCCCCACCAUAUCACAUUACUUUUCUUCAAUAAAAAAUCUUUAACUG